GCUUCACGGGUCACUUUCUUCUUCUUUUUUUUUUUUUUUUUUUUAUCAAUGGGCGGAGCUUCAGGAAAAGGUGCAAUAGAAAAUUGUCAGGCCCGUGGUUUAAUUAAAGCAGUCAGGUCAGCAGCUGGAAGGCCUCCAGGAGCCAAGGACAGAGUCCUGUUACCGCAGCGAUAGCAGCAUGGACGCGGUUCCAGGAUAAACUGUGGAUCCUUACGGCUGUCAAUGGUUUCCUGCCUUGGUGUUGAUCGGCCAGCUGCUUGUCUCAGACUGCAGGAGUCUCACUAACCAGCCCGGUGUUGGAAUAGCAGGACCGACCCUGUUAGCCAUGAUGUCUGAAAGUACGAGUGACGAGUGCGACCUUGUGAUGAACUACAGCGCCUCAGAGCGAUGCGCCUUCGUGAAGAGGACAGCUGACUGCAGCAUGGCAGAUGGCAUGGUGAACUACCUGAGAGUGGCCUUCUGCUUGCUGCCUCCAAACCUCACUCCUUUCACCAUCACCCUCUGUGUCAUAUGGCUGAUCGUCCUGUUUGUCAUCCUUGGACUUGCUGCUUCCAAGUUUUUUUGCCCCAACCUCUCAGCAAUCUCCUCAACUCUUCACCUCUCUCACAAUGUGGCUGGUGUGACGUUCCUGGCGUUGGGUAAUGGAGCUCCAGACAUCUUUAGUGCCAUGGCAGCGAUCUCCCAUCCACAUACCGCUGGGCUGGCUGUCGGGGCUCUGUUUGGAGCCGGGAUAUUUGUUACCACAGUAGUGGCUGGAAGCGUUGCACUGGUCAAACCCUUUGCUGUAGCUUCCCGUCCGUUUCUACGUGAUGUCAUCUUCUACAUGGUUGCUGUGUUUUGGACCUUUCUCAUCCUCUACAGAGGCGUUACAACCUUGGGAGAAACACUGGGAUACAUGAGCCUCUAUGUGGUUUAUGUUCUGACCGUUAUUAUCAGUUCAUACAUCUAUAACCGGAGAAAAAACUCUGAUACAAACAGUGUCCAAAACGUUCCACAUAUUCCAGAGUUCAGCUCAUCAGACUCAUCUGAUGAAGACGUUCCAUGCUUGACAGGAGGAACGAUCCAGCAGGACUACGACUCUGAGUACAGGCCACUGCUGCCAUAUUCUGAGUCCACAAGUGAAAUCCUGAUGAGUUCGUUGAAUCCAGUGGACAGCAGGAAGUGGCGGAGGAAAUCAUGGACUUGGAGGCUCCUUAAAGUAGUGAAGACUCCUCUGGAGGUGCUGCUGCUGCUCUGUGUCCCUGUAGUGGACCUAGACAAGGAGGACAAAAACUGGAGGAGACCGUUAAACUGCCUCCAUUUGAUCACUGCUCCUCUGCUGUGUGUUCUUGUCUUUCAGUCUGGAGCAUAUGGCGAAGUCAUGAUUCAGGGGGAGUUUCCUAUCUGGUUGCUGACUCUCCUGCUGGGAAUGUUCUUGGCGGCUAUAGUUUUCUGCACCACCACCAACGACCAGCCUCCCAAAUAUCACCCAAUAUUUGCACUCCUGGGCUUUGUGGCGAGCGCAGUGUUGAUCAGCGCCACCGCCUCAGAGGUGGUCAGUCUUCUGCACAUGCUCGGUGUGGUGUUGAGCCUCAGCAACACGGUGCUGGGCUUGACUCUUCUGGCCUGGGGCAACAGCAUCGGAGACUGUUUCUCUGACAUCACAGUGGCUCGGCAGGGUUACCCACGCAUGGCCAUAGCUGCUUGCUUCGGAGGCAUUAUUUUCAACAUGCUGUUUGGAGUCGGGUUGGGAUGCCUGGCGCAGAUGUAUAAAACACAAUCUUCUGUUCAGUUUGGAUCUGAGGGCUUGUUGACGUGGAUUCUUGCAGGCUCUCUGGGCUUGUCCCUGGUCCUGUCCUUUCUCAUCGUUCCACUCAGCCACUUCCAUCUGGGUCGGUCCUACGGCAUCUUCCUCCUCGUCUUCUACUUUGUAUUUCUUCUCAUUGCGCUUCUCACAGAGUUUGGAAAGAUCCACACCUGACCUUGUGAGAGACGGAAGAGUGCAGACCGAUGCCGUUAUCCCCUGCUUGAAACAAUACUGGAUAUUAACUGUGAUGCACUCACAUGCUUAACACAGACUCUCCUGUGUUUGGUCACUAAAACCAAGAGGUGAAAGACUUGAGGUGCUCAGCAAACCAAUCACACUGUGCCUUUUUACCGUUCCCUCAUCCAUCUCUGGGAUAUUUUGAUAUUUACUCCGUGUUUUAAAAAUGUCACACUUUUAAAUACUGUAAAUGUUCUGUGAUUUAAUGCAGUUGUUUAUUUUUCUAAAAAACCUCAGUUUUUAUGGGGGCUUUUGAAGAAAAUUUUUUUAAUUUAGUGUGAUUUUUAAAUUACCACCUUGUUUGAAACACAGCAGCAAUGCACUCAGGGACUUCAUUGUAUGAAUACUUUUAUUAAAAUCUGUUGUUACUUUCAGGAACAUUACAGAAUGAGAGCUUAUAUAAAAUACUUUAAGUCUUUUGAGACAGUAAGGGAAACUUUUUACAUUGAGAACAUUGGAUUUACCUUUAGGGAGUGUUUAGUGUUCUUACAGCUAUCAAAGAAUCUAGUAUCUUCAUGUUAAUACCGGUCAGAAACUGUUAAACUAAGGCAUCAGGUUUAAUUUAUAUUAAGAGUACACAAAACUUUGGAUCAUGAUAAUUACACAAAAUAAACUGCAGUAGUAGACGAUUUCUGGUAGCUUCUUUAGGGUCCUUCAAAAUGUCAAUCUCAGCGUCAUUUAAUCUCACCAACAUCAGUUCAAGAGACUCGUCAUUUUAACCCCCCCUCUUUCAGGGCAUUAUUGAGAGUCAGAGGGGGGGACUGGAAGUGCUGGGGUUUCCUCUGAGGUGUUGUUUAUGUACAUCUCGCUUACAUGUUAUUUCAGUUAAUGCUGUGAGAACCACCCUGUGAGUUUAACUGAUGUUCUUGUGAAGGAGACGGGUCGGCGACGGCGUUGUUCUGAUCCAGGUUUAGGUUUUCGUCUCCUUGAGGCGAACAUUCCCUGGAAAACUCUGCAUACCACUCCUGACAAAAAGAGUCAUUAAAAUAGAUCAGAGGGAAAACUUGGAAGGGCAGCCCAGACAAUGACAGUGUUUGGUAAAAGUGUUUACAUGCCUUGAUUUUAUUUUUUUACAUUUUGUCCAAAAAGCUUAAACUACAGAGUAAAUUCGACUUUCAUUUUCUUCAUAUUCAGCAACAAAGCAAAGCAUUAAGAAUUAAGGAAAAUAUGAGUUUGAAAAGUGUGGCAUGGAUUCUGCCAUUGGGAGUUCAGACGUCAUAGAACCACCGCCUAAAGCUCAUGUCUGUGAAAAAUUUUAUAGUCCUAAAGAUUCUUAGCCAGAUUCAGGUCUGGACUUUGACGAGGUCGUCUUGGUAAAUUAAUAGACUUUGCAUUGUAGCUUUGGCUGUAUAUUUAGGGUCAUUGUCCUGCUAGAAGGUGAACCUCUUUCUCUCUCUUAUCUUUUGCAUUAUCUAACAUGAUUACCCCAUAUUUAGCUCUAUCCGUGUUCCAGCUUCACUAUCCCAGCAGGAGAAAAACUUAUCUACAGAUUAACACUGCAGUCACUGUUGGGUGUGGUGUGUUCCGGGAGAGUUAAGGUGAACUGCCAAAAGUUAAAUUUUUCUGUCUCAUCUGAUAAAAGGCUCUUCUUCCAUGUGUUUAUAUUGUGCCCCACAUUAUUUAUAGCUUGGGCUAUACAAUGUUAGGAUGAUAUUAAUAUUCAGAAAUAUUGCAAUGACCAAAACGAUAAGUCUAUUAUCUUCGAAAUCUGUUCUUCUUAUACUGACAUUUAGCUUCUUGGGAAAUGUCAUCGUCUCUAAUGUGAGCUAAGACUAUAGAACUGGCUGAAUAUUACAUAGGGACUUUAAAAGCAUGUUGACACUUCUAUAAAACCAUGCAUUUAGCAUAUCCUUUGGUUUCCUACCUGUAUCUCCUCCUCAUACAUUUUCAUACUGAGGUCACUCUUUGUCCUUGAUCUGCGGCCCAAGUAAACCAAAGAUGUGUGCUGUACACCAAGAAGUAGAAGGAAGAGAGUAGGUUAGCAUGGUUUCCUUGCGAUGCAGCAGGAGCAACAUUUAGAGGUGAUUUUCUUACUCCACUCUUGUCCAUGGCUUGCAGGACGGCAGCCAGCGUACUGAGCGAGGACAGAGAUGUGGUUGUCUGUUUGUAAAACUCCAGGGUGGCCAAGGCUUCAUCUCUCCUCACCUCCACUUCAAACACUAUCCCAUUUUCAUCUACGGCACAAUCACACACAUUUAACUCACACCUGCUCUCUCACCUUAAAUCCUGUUUACAUCAUACAAAAAUUAAAAAGACACCUUCGGGGUUAUUCACCGCCUCCCGGUUCUUGCGGCUGUAGUUCAUGCGGAACACAAAAGCGUCCAGAAUGAAGGCCACAAUGAUGGUCAUCACAACCUGAAAAGGAGAAGGAAAUAAACACUGUGGUCACCUGCUGUAUUUCAAACUUCUGCUUGUAAAAACAGAUAAUAUGUUAGAGGGAAAUACUCUGAGUAAAUACUAAGGGGGGGAAAAAAAAACAACUUACCAUGGUAA